GUCAAUUGCGACCGGCUUUCCAAUAACCGGCAGUGACCAACCCCAUACAUAAAGACCCGGUGGACUCCCUAAAUGUACCAUCUCGUACCAUCUCGUACCAGGCCAUAACGCUUAAGCUUUCUACCAAACACUUAUCCCGGUGCACAUCCAAGGACACAAUAGCUAUGCUCUCUUGGAUAUUGGGACGCUCCAAGUCCACUGUGAUGUCUGGUGCUACCUCUCGAGAUCCCGAGGACCCCGAGCUCGAAAGCGACUACCAGCUUCCACCUCCUCCCUACCUAGAGGACGUCGACCCAGACGACCCCUUCGCAUCAUGGAAUCUCAUCAUCCCCCUCGAACCCACCGGCACCAACAACCUCGGCGGAAGCUCCUUCACGACGAUCCGACAAACCUCGUCCGCCACCUCUCAGGAGCCUCCACGGGAGAAAAUCAUGCAUGAAGCCGUCUCCAACCUCCUUUUCCAAGCGCGCAUUUCCGGCGCGGUCAUGGGCUACUACGGCGGCCAGGAGGCCUGCCUAAUCGCCUUCACCUUCUCCUUCCAUGCGGAGCUUACUUCGACUCAACUAUUGAAGCGCCGAGUGCAGGGCGCGUUCAUCCAGAUCAGCUUCUCCGACGCCCCCUCCGAUGGUAGCGACGGCGACGAGGACUUCAACCCCUUGAUCAAAGCGACGUACCCCGACCUCGUCGGGGUGAAGGGGGAGAGUUUCCACAUGGGUGUCGAGGAGACAGUUACGAACAAGUUCAGCACGAAGUUGGCGUCGCAGGCGGCAGGUGUGGGCGUGGAGACGGAGAUUGGGAGACAAACGACGAAAACGUUUGAGAAGGAGGCGUAUGGGUCGGUGACGGGCACGGAUCUAACGCCGCACAUAGCAAACUUCUCGGUCCGGGAAAACUCGCUUGUGAAAGAUGGCGUGCCGCGGGUGUGCUCGGUCGUCGUGGUCGUUGGAGUCACGCCCGGACGUCAGUUUGCAGCGGAUGUCGAGGUGCAUGCGGAUGUGGGGUGGAAAUGGAGGGGUAUGCUGGGGAAGAAAACGGUGGUGGGGCUGGAGGAUUCGCCGGUUUAUUUCAACCCAGAUAUCAUCAGGAAGAGGAAUCCUGAUAGGAUGAUUAAUAUUAGGGGUGCGAGUAAGGUGGUGGAGGUACCACCAGAAGAAGAUUGGGAAAAUAAGCCAACCUCGAAAAACUUCAAACCGGGGCAGGAAAAUGUCCUGAAGAAGUAUUCUUGUAUUGCUUUCAACAAUACUACCAAAUCAUCCGGGAAGUGUUGAGCGAGAGCAAGUGGGUCGCUCACUAUGAUGGCAUAUUCUAGUCAUUUCUAUUGGAUUUAUGCGCAUGUUUGGAUGAGAAGACGGCCGAAGAAUUUGAUUGAAGACGGAGAACUGUAUCAGACCCUAAAUCCUACAAGUUGGAGAAUCAUACUGCCGAGUGAGAUCGAAUGCCUGCGCCGUGACGAAUGUCGCUGUCC